UUUUUUUUUUCUUCUCUUUGGCUCGAGUCACAAUGCACACUCUGCCUCCAGUGCCGAUGGCACUCGUCAACCAGGCGCAAGGCAUGGUGCAAAACAUUGGCCCGCAGCUGUCCAAGAUCACUGCUGCCGCCAAGUCGCUCUUCACCAACAAAUACGAGGACUUGCGCAACCUGCUCGAGGGCAACAACCAGAAGGAGAAGCUCGACGCGAUGCGCAAAAUCAUUUCCAACGUCGCGAAAGGCCACGACAUGUCCGAUCUCUUCCCGUCCGUCGUCAAGAAUGUCGUCAACACUUCAGUCGAAAUCAAAAAGCUCGUCUACGUCUACCUCGUGCGCUAUGCCGAGCAAAACCAAGACCUGGCACUGCUGUCCAUCAACACGUUCCAGAAGGACUUGAAGGACUCCAACCAACUCAUUCGCGCGUCGGCUCUCCGUGUCAUGUCCAGCAUCCGCGUGGAGGUGAUUGUGCCCCUGUUGAUGCUCGCCAUCCAGCAGGUCGUGACAGACAUGUCUGGCUAUGUUCGAAAGCAUGCCGCCUACGCCAUCCCGAAGCUGUACGCACUGGACAACGACCAGAAGGAUCAGCUGAUUGACGUCAUCAAGAAGUUGCUCCAGGACAGCUCGACCCUGGUGCUCGGCUCGGCUGUGAUGGCCUUUGAAGAAGUCUGCCCCGAACGCCUCGACCUCAUCCACCCUCACUACAAGAAGCUUUGCACGCUGCUUGUUGAUAUUGACGAGUGGGGCCAGGUCGCCGUCCUCACCAUGCUCACACGGUACGCUCGCACCCAAUUCCUCGAUCCCAACGCGUACGAGACCGAGGUCGCCGCGCUCGAGCAGCAGCAGCUUCAGGCCCAGCACGCCGCCGGCAUUGUGACCCAGCACCGCGUCGGAUUGUCCGUGACCCACCAAGCAGCCGCCCCGGCUGGCACUGUGCCGCUCUCCAAGAGCAGCACUCGCAACUUUUACUCGGACGACGACGAGUCGGACGAGGACGAAGCCGCAAAGAGCAAGAAGGGCAAGGGCAAGGGCAAGAAGAGUGCCAACGACGACGACGACGAGGAGGACGACGAUGACGAAGCGGAGGGCGCUGCCAAGAAGGAUUCCGCCGCCCUGCCCCUCCCCGCCAAGAAGCACUACACGAUGGACCCAGACCACCGCUUGCUGUUGCGCUCGGCCCAACCACUAUUGCAGAGCCGCAACUCUGCCUGCGUGAUGGCUGUCGCCUUGCUCUUUUACUACCUCGCGCCUUCCGCCGAGGCUGCCAUUGUCGGCAAGUCGCUCGUGCGGCUGCUGCGCUCGCAUCGCGAGAUCCAGUACGUGGCCCUCUCGAGCUGCGCCACCAUGUCCGCCGUCAAGCCAAACAUGUUCGAGUCCUUCCUCAAGACCUUCUUUGUGCGCGCGACCGACCCCACCUUUAUUCGCUUGCUCAAGCUCGACAUUCUGUGCAACAUUGCCAACGAGGGCAACAUUGGCAUGAUUUUGCGCGAGUUCCAAACCUACGUCAAGAGCAGCGACAAGGCGUUCGUGACGGCCUCGAUCCAGGCCAUCGGCCGAUGCGCCUCGUGCAUUCCUGACGUGACCGACCAGUGCCUCACCGGACUGAUGGCGCUCGUGCAAAACCGCAACGAGGACGUCGUGGCCGAGUCGGUCGUUGUUCUCAAAAAGCUGCUCCAGCUCAACCCCACCCAGUACAAGAGCUACAUUGUCUCGUUGGCGCGCGUUAUCGACAAGGUCUCUGUGCCGAUGGCUCGCGCGUCCAUCCUUUGGCUGAUUGGCGAGUACUCGGAGCACGUCCCCAAGAUUGCUCCCGACGUGCUUCGACGACUGGCCCAGACCUUCACCCAGGAGGAGACGAUCGUCAAGCUCCAAAUCAUCACCUUGGCCGCCAAGCUCUUCCUCGUCAACGAAAAGCAGACACGAUUGCUCUUCCAGUACGUCCUCAGCCUCGCCAGCUACGACAUGAACUAUGACAUUCGAGACCGUGCUCGCCUGUUUGAGCACUAUGUCGUCUCCUUCCGAAAGAACCCACCAGCAGAAGGCACCAUCAAGAGCAAGAGCAAGGAAGUGCUUCUCAGCGCCAAGCCUGCUCCGACGCUUGUUCCGAACAAGGAUGAACGCACUCGCUUCCACAUUGGCUCGCUCUCGCACUUGACACACCAACAAGUCGCAGGCUACACGGACUUGCCCAAGUUCCCCGAAGUGGCACCCGAUCCAUCUGUUCGCGAAGUUAUUGCCGCGCCUGCGUGGAACGCCAAGAAGCCCGACACCAAGAAGAAGACACAUGAAGUCAUCAAGAAGGCCAAGGCCGACAGCUUCUACUCUGACUCGGAAGAGGAGGACGACGACUCUGACGAAGAGGAGUCUGAGGAUGAAGAUGACUUUGAGAGCAUUGAAGGGUCUGACUCUGAGGGCCAGGACAGCGCCAACGAUUCCGACGAAGACAGCGACGAGGACGAAGAAUCGGACGAAGACGACGAUGAUGACGACGACGACGACGAGGACGAAGAAUCGGAAGAGGAGUCGGAAGAAGAAUCAGAAUCGGAAGAAGAGGAAUCCGAAUCGGAGGAAGAGUCGGACGAAGAGCCCGCACCGAAAGCGAAGGCGUCCAAGCAGCAACCCGCUGCCGUUGCCACUCCGCCUGCCAAGAAGGCAUCCGCUGCCAAGAGCAACGCUGGUCCUUCUCUGCUCGACCUGUCGGAUGAUUUUGCGGCUUCGCCAUUGCCAACUGCCUCGCCGUUCCUGCUGCACGGCGCCCCACUCGCGGCGUACGCACCGGCCGCAUCGACGCCUGCUGCGGCAGUCUCGGCCACGAGCUCUUCGUUCGCGCCCGUGUAUCUCUAUGCCCCUCCCACAUCCAAGCACACCUUGCUGAAUAAGGUCACCGGCAAGGGCCUGUUUGUCGAGUAUCGCUUCACGCGCCGCGCCAGCGUUUAUUCGCAAACCAUGACUGGCAUCCAGCUGCUCUUUGAGAACACCUCUGGCGCCGCCAUCAAGGGCAUUUCGUGCGCAUCCAAGAGUGUCGAUGGUGCGGUCGAGAUUGCACCGUUCGCUGAAAUCGCUGAAUUGGGCGCUCAUGCCACUUCGGAGGCAGUGAUUGGCAUCAAUUUCAACGACAAGAGCCAGAGCGUCAAGUUCGAGCUUCGAGCUGGCGAGGACACGUUCAAGGUGUCCAUCGAGCCUGCUGUCGGUGAAGUGUUGACCGCCAUCCAACCCACCCUGAAGGAGUUUGAUGCGAUUCAAAACGAACUCGGCGGCAUGAACGAGUCUGUGACCAAGUUCUCCGUGGAAGACCCGUCCGCCGCGCUGGCCAAGCUCGAGUCGACCGUGGUCGAGGCUGUGAAUGUUGCCCGCAUUUUGGGCCCUGGUGGUGCGGAGGGCGACCUCGAGGACGGCCACUUCCGCUUCGCCGCCCGCACUCAAGCCUCCAGCACACCUGUCUUGCUCACCAUCAAGCUGGAUCCCUCCAGUGGUGUCGGCAAGGUGUCUAUCAACACUGAGAAGAUUGUGGUCGGCUCCAUGCUUGUGAAGGAGCUCAAGGCUGCAUUGUCAGAGCUGUGAUUUUGCAUUUCUUUUUUUCAUAUCUUUUUGUUCUUUCUUUUUUUUGCCCAUUCUGUGAAUUUUUCCGGGUUUCGUUCGUGUAUGCCCUUGUGCAAAUGUUGUCUUUUUUUUUUAAAAAAAAAAAAAUGAACAAGG